UCAGGUAGGAGGAUGAGGAAAACUCUGCUGUGGCUGCUGGCCUCUCUGGCCUUUGUCUCCCUGACUUCUCUUGCUGAUGGAGCUCCAAUGGAGGUGAUGUCUGCCCCCAACUUGUUGAGUGUAGAAACAGCAGAAAACGUUUUUGUGGAGUGUCAAGACUGCACAGGUGAAGACAAAAGGGUGGAAAUCCAUGUGAUGAGCCAUCCGACCAAAAACCAAAGGCUGGCAACUGCAUCUGUGACACUUAACAGUACAAAUGAAUUCCAGGCGCUGGUACAGAUAAUGAUCCCUGCUGGAGACUUCAGUAAGGAUCCCAGCAUUAAGCAGUAUGUGUAUCUGCAAGCUCAGUUCCCUGGCCGACUGCUUGAGAAGGUUGUCAUGGUCUCCUUUCAGUCUGGGUAUAUCUUCAUCCAAACUGACAAGACCAUCUACACCCCCAACAGCAGAGUUCUUUACAGGAUGUUUGCUGUGACACCCCGUAUGGAGCCUGUGGAGAGGGAUGACGCCAACCAAAUGGAUGCGUCUAUUGCCAUUGAGUUUGUGACCCCUGAAGGCAUAAUUUUAGCACGUGAUCCAGUCUCUUUGACAUCAGGGAUCCACUCUGGAGAUUACCAACUCGCUGAAAUUGUCAGUACCGGACUGUGGAAGAUCCGCACAAAGUUCCACAGCAACCCACAGCAGAGCUUUAGUGCAGAGUUUGAGGUCAAAGAAUAUGUGCUUCCCAGUUUUGAGGUUGAACUGAAACCUAAGAACUCUUUCUUCUACGUGGACGACAAAGACCUCACAGUCGACAUUAAAGCCACGUAUUUGUUUGGUCAAGAGGUGAAUGGGAUGGCUUACGUUGUGUUUGGGGUCAUAAAUGAUGGUGAAAAGAAGAGCUUUCCAAGUUCUCUUCAGAGAGUGCAGAUUAAAGAAGGUGUUGGAGCUGUCACGCUGAAGAAAGAGCACAUCACAACGACCUUCAAAAACAUUGAAGAACUGGUGAUGAAAUCCAUAUAUGUAGCUGUCAGUGUGCUAACGGAGAACGGUGGUGAAAUGGUGGAGGCAGAGUUGAGAAAUAUUCAGAUUGUUAAAUCUCCUUACACCAUCCACUUCAAGAAAACUCCAAAAUAUUUCAAACCAGGAAUGUCCUUCCAAGUUGCAGUCGAAGUUAUGAAUCCUGACAACACUCCGGCACAAGGUGUUGCUGUUGUGGUUGAACCAGGCACCGUGAAUGGCAGGACCGCAGAAAAUGGCAUGGCAAGGCUAACCAUCAAUACAGGAGGGUACCCACAACUGACGAUCAAUGCAAGUACGAAUGAUCCUCGUAUUUCAUCGACAAGACAAGCAUCAGCCAACAUGACAGCUCUCCCAUAUAUUACCCAAAGCAACAACUAUAUCCACAUAGGUGUGGUUUCAGCUGAUGUACAAUUAGGAAAUAACAUGAAAAAUCGACCUCAACCUCAAAAGGCUGGAAAGUCAUGACACUGACAUCACAUACCUGAUCAUGAGCAGAGGUCAGCUGGUGCAAAAAGGCCGACACAACACAAGAGGUCAAGUACUGAUCUCCCUGAUGGUUAUCAUUACCAAAGACAUGCUGCCAUC